CCAGACAGUCACAUUUCUCAAGGCUGAAACUACCUGUUCGCAAUGACAUUUGUUAACCUUCACCCUUACUUCACACUGUGUUUACUAGUAAGGACAUUUAUAAUCCUAUUUUCUACUAGCUUGUCCUGCAAAGACAGGAAUUAUGUGCGUUUUCACUUGUAUGAUUCUAUUAAUUUGGUAAAAAACUCUGCUGUGUUUCUCAGCAGUGAUAAUUUGGCUUUGCUAGAGUUAAACCCCUUUACUAUGUACUUCUCUGCUGGAGUAAAGUUAGAGACAAUCUUUGAAAAAGAUAUACAGCUGCCUUUGAGAUUAACAUUCUGUAAUAGGCAAUUGUUUCUUUAAAAAACCCUAAUAUACUUUAGGCACCCAAAACCUUCGCUUGCUGUGCCAAAUGUAAGGUGCUUUAUUUUCACAAAUCUAAAAUACCCAGUGUAACUCCAAAGCCUGAAGCGGAAAAAAGGUCUUCUAUUUUCUUUCCCCCAGGAACAGAGUUAUGCUGAGAAUGUGUGUGCAGAUAAUAGACUAAUUCAAACCUUCAGACCAGCUGUUCUCAAAAUCAUACUGUCGCCCAAAUUAAAGCAUAAACAAACAUUUGUGACCCACGUAGCUGCUUCAAAUAGGAGGAUACCUUGGUCAGUGUUACUCAUUUUGGAACAGACCGAGAGAAAGCAGAAUCAAAAUGAAGAAGUUUCUUGUGUUUGUCUCCUUUUUGGUCCUGAUGACCUCUGUUACAGACACUUCACCAAUUUUGUCUGAAAAAGAGGCCAAACAGCUUCUGAGAACUCGUCGUGGAAGCAGACCGAGAAAAGCUGGUUUCCCUGACGAGCCAAUGAGGGAGUAUAUGCUUUAUCUCCAGCGCUUGGAGCAGAGAUCAGAAGAACAACUCCUUGAACACUGGCUGAAUCCACAUUGUCUCCCCCACUGCAACAGGGAUCUAGUGCAUCCAAUCUAAUGCUUUUGCCUACCCUGCAAUUGAUCUCCAUGGGCACAUGGAUUUAUACUAUGACUGUGUUAGGGAGGAAGAGAUUAUUCCUGCAUUGGCUACGUGCUCAUUGUAGAGCUGAACCUCUUUGCAGUACAGUGCAAUCCUAGUGAUAGAGCAAAACUUCCAGCUACAAGUGGUUACAUAUGUUAUAGACCACCAUAUAUUUUCUACCAGUAAUGACUGCAUACAUGAAUAAAUGAACCAAGGGUUUCCCCCAGUUUCUGAGUUAUGGGCAAGAAUAAGUCCCUGAUUAGCCCUUUAAAGGGCACAGCUUUAGACUGUCUGAAGCAAGAGGAACUUAGAGGGAGAGGUCCAUUGAAAAUGGGAGAAUAUCAACAUGAAGAGGCAGCCAGCUUUCUGGACUUUAGAGGAAUCCUUAAUUACAGUUUUCUAGGUUAAAUAACAAUAUUGCAUGAAGACAUAACAUUUACACAACACUGUGUUUAAUUGCCUGAUGAGUAUUUCAUGUAUUGUUUCAUAAUAAAAGCUUGGCUCAAUUCCAUAUUCAAA